AGUGUGCUAUUUAAUAUCUUGUCAGAUGUCAUGAUGCACCCAUUUGGUCCUGUCUGAGAGCAGUCUCACAAGCUGAGACAGACGGGUCUUCCGGGUCUUCAACCGGGCUCGUCAACGUCUUGUUCUUUCUUUUUUUUCUUGACAACAAACAAACUCCUUAUCAAUCACCCAAUCGCCAUCAGACGCCUCGUCAUCUUUCCCCAGUUCCACUUGCACCACUUGAUUGGCAGUAAGAGCUAGCUAGGACAACCAUGAUGAGAGUACCAACCGAGACUACUAGUGCAGUUGUAAGUCCCAAACCAACAACUGAAGAAGGACAAUCGUCUACCAUGGGCGAUGGCACUGCCGUACAAGUUCAGCAAGAUGCCCGAUUCAGUUGCAACAUUUGCCUUGACGCGGUGACAGAACCAGUCGUUACACGAUGCGGUCACCUCUAUUGUUGGCCCUGUCUGUAUCGUUGGCUCUCUCCUGGCAUGACGCCCCGAGAGCGAACUUCUUUGGGGAUGCGACCGUCCGGAAGCGCUCCUGAUACGUCUCGUCGGGUGUGUCCGGUCUGCAAGUCGGAUUGUGCCCUGCCGACGGUGGUUCCCAUUUAUGUGCGACAACAAGAAACGACACAGCAACAACAGCAAAGUCCAGAGCAACGACAAGAAUCUCCACCUUCUCUGUCACGGGACGAUCUAUCGGAAGAGGGCAAUAUGGGACUGGAUAUUGAUGGGGAUGACGACGAGGAAGGAAGUGAGAAUGUCAUGAUGAUUCCCAGAACCAUCACCACCACUCCGGAUGGUCUUCGACAGCGACGACGGACAGAAAGCCGAGAUGACAUGACCACUACUUCCACCACCAUUGUCCCCACUCGUCCUGUCCCCAAUCGACAAUCCGCAGACACCACAACCAAUGGACGUGGGACGUCUCCUGCGUCGCGCGGAAGCAAUGGACCCAAUCCCCAUCAUUUCGCACGAGCCACGCUCAGUUAUGGAUUGGUGUUGGCUAUGCAUCAAACUCUACUUCAAGCUACUGAUAGCAAUAGCUCCAACAACAACCACAAUAACAAUCCAGCCGCCGAACAAGAAGGCGUCCCUUCCUUGCACUAUCCACAACGACGAGCGGAUCUUCCCACCGCUACUGAACUGGAUCAAGAUCCGGAUUCCACCGUCUUUUUGUCACGGCUUCUCUUAGGUCUCUCCCUCUUUGUCUUGAUUUGUUUGCUGUCCUUUUGAUUGGACUGAACAGAGCAGACUCGAUUCGACCCGACGUUGACUCAGAAGAACAGCUAUCCGCAAAUAUACUGUAUUGCAUUUCAUCUACAGCAACAACAGCACACAUCAUUGUAUUAUUUGUAUGUACAACAACCAACCAUGAAACUCUAUUCCACACCGCACCACGGCAAGCUUUCCUUAUCAUCAUGCCUCUACAAGAUUCUACGUGUAGUUUAUUAAAAACAAACCAAGUCUAGCUAAUAGUUUGUAUUG